AUGGAUAACCUGUCGAUCUCAUCUGUUUUAGUGCUACAUCGCUUUGACAUUCCCUCUGAAACUGUCAUUCCUGCUUUUCUUUUUGCAUCUCUGAGCUACAUGAUCAUACUUUUCUGCAACCUUAUCCUGAUCCUCACUAUUGUACUGAACAAAUCCCUGCAUCAGCCCAUGUAUCUAAUUCUUCUGAACCUUCCUAUCAAUGACCUUAUAGGCUCCUCAGCGCUCCUACCACAGGUCAUUAAAGAUUUAUCGACAGGUAGUAGGACAAUGCAGUACUCAGCUUGUGUUGCCCAGGCUUUUUUUCUCCACAUCUAUGCAGCAGGCACAGUUUUCAUUCUAAGUGCUAUGGCGUAUGAUAGAUACAUUGCCAUAUGUUGUCCUUUAAAAUACAACACAGUUAUGACUAAUGCUCAUGUUAUGAAAUUAAUCACACUUGUGUGGUGUGUGAUUUUGGUUAUUAUAGUUGUGCUUUUCUAUCUGCUGCUGCGUUUGCCUCGCUGUCGAUCUAUAUUGACAAAUCCAUACUGUGACAAUCCAAGUUUGUUGACUCUGGUCUGUGUCGACACAACCAUCAAUAACAUUUAUGGACUUGUUUUAACUGCUUCUUCACAGGCGAUAGCUAAUGGGAUGGUUUUGUACACAUAUCUCCAGAUCCUUGUUGCAUGUUUCAGAUCCCGACGAUCAGACACUAAAGCCAAAGCUCUGCAGACGUGUGCCACACAUCUAAUUGUUUUUCUCUUGCUGGAGUGUCUGGGUCUUUUCACCAUCCUAUCAUACAGAUUUAAUAACUCUUCACUACAUCUAAGGAGUUUCAUGGGGACAUUAAUUUUCCCUCCAACAUUGAAUCCAAUUAUUUAUGGAUUAAAAACAAAAGAAAUUCGGGAUAAAGUACUGCACUUUUUUAGAAAGAAAAUGUCUGUCAGUGCCUUUAUGUGGUGA